CCAUUUUGACAUAAUCCAGUGUUUACAGUUUACAGUUCUUGUCACACUUUUUAUCAAAGCUUUUUGAGUUUAAAUCAGUUUUAAAAUAAUUAAAAUUUAUUUCUUAUUUGUUUAUACAAGCCUAGUUAUAAUAAAAUAAAGUGUAAACGUUUGUAUUAAACCGGAGUGAAAUGAACGACGAAAGUUGUGACGACAAAUUUUGAAGGAUGAGCUUUUGCUUCAAAAUCCUAACCUUUUAAGUUAUAAAUCUUAAGUUUUAAACUUUGUAAAAUCAAUUAAUAUACACUCAAAAUGUUUUACGCGCACUUUGUUUUGGCCAAAAAAGGCCCCCUUGCGCGUAUUUGGCUUGCAGCUCAUUGGGAUAAGAAACUAACAAAAGCCCAUGUUUUCGAAACGAAUAUUGAGAAAUCCGUCGAUGGUAUUCUACAACCAAAGGUGAAAAUGGCUUUACGGACAUCUGGUCACCUACUUUUAGGUGUUGUACGGAUUUAUUCUCGCAAAGCUAAGUAUUUACUGGCUGAUUGUAAUGAGGCGUUCGUUAAAAUUAAGCUCGCUUUUCGACCUGGCAUUGUUGACCUUCCUGAGGAGCAUCGGGAGGCUGCUCAUAAUGCUAUUACUCUUCCCGAAGUUUUUCAUGAUUUUGACACCAAUAUGCCUGAACUAAAUGAUGUAGAUAUUGAAGCUCAGUUUAGUUUAAAUCAAUCAAGAGCUGAAGAAAUUACAAUGAGGGAAGAUUAUGGUUCUAUGUCGUUAGUUUCAAAUGAUGAUGGAUUUGGUGAUAUGGGGUUUGAUACGGAGGCUCCGGAUUUAAUGAGACACGAUGAGGGAGUUGAGCCAACUUUAGAAGGAAGUAAUUUGUUGUUUGGGGAUGGAUUGGAGAGAGAUAAUGAACCUGGAACAUCUGGAAUGGGUCGGGGAUACUUUAGAAGGGAUGAUGAAACAGAUGAUGGGCGCAAUGUGCGAGGGGAAACAUUUCAUGGAGCUGGAUUGUUUGAGGGAGGAUUAUUUGAUGAUGCUCCAAUGGGCGAAGGGCCUAAUAUUGAAGAAAUGAACCGCGAAAAUUUAAAUUUAAGUCAAAUUGAUCGGUUAAAUCCGAAUUUAAGCCGAUUAGAGCCAGGGUUAACACCAAAUUUGAGCCAAAUGGAACGUUUGGCUUCAAAUUUGACUCAAGAUCCUGUCUUAAAUCCCAACAUUAUUGACCCAACACAUUCAAAUCAAGCUCGGAUAGAUCACGACAGCGAUGAUGACCUUGAUUUUGAUGCCGGUGGUGGCUCACCUGGUUGUUUUGAUAGCGAUGAUGAUGAUGGGGAUUCCCAAAAAGGUUUGGGUGCGUUAAAUCGCCCCGAACAAGGUUUGAAUAGAAAAGAUCAAGAAGGUGGUGUACCAGUGUUAAAUCAAGAGUUCCCUGUUGCUUUUGGAUCAAGACAAGGAGAUGAUUCCUCGGAAUUGAGUCAAUUUCCUUCCGAAUUUUCAGUAAAGCAUUGCCAAAUUUGUUCAAGAGAACCUAAAUCUGAAUUGAUACAACCUUGUUCUAAACAUCCUCUAUCUUGUUCAAAACAUUGUCCAGUUUGUGUGACAAAUCAACCUCAAUCUGAUUUAAAUCAAGAUCCAAAACAAUUGGCGUCAAAACACCAAGACAAUUUUGAUCAAAAUCAACCAGCAACUCCUCAAGAUCAAACGCUUCUCCUUCAAAAUGAAGAGGAAAGUUUUGCUCUUGCCCCUGUUGAUGCAACAAUACUAAAAGGAUUUAAUAAAGCGAAAAGGAAGAGGAAGCUGAUUGUUGAUGAGGUCAAAAAUAUUUCUGGGGAAGAAAUGAAAAAUCAACUAAGCGAUACUACCGAUAUUGUUACAAGUUUGGAUUUAGCCCCACCUACGAAACGCUUGAUGCAUUGGAAAGAAACGGGUGGGGUUGAAAAACUUUUUGCAUUACCUGGAAGAGCGAUACCUGCAAGAUCUUUAUUUGGAAAUUACCAACGUCAUUUAGUAUUAAAACCGAUUGGAACCGAAGACUUUGCUAUGCUUGGCGAUGCAGAUUCUUUGGCACUGGAUCAAAUUCGCGAAGCCGAAGAGCACCAUCAACAAACUCUUGACCCACCUACUCCAGUGCCUGCACGCAGAGGACGUAAAAGAAAAAAUCUUGAUGACAGCAUUGAGAAAACGCCUUUACACCAACCUGAUCAUGACAUUCAAUCAAUCUUGCAUCAUGAAGAAUCUUUGGGCGCAAUUUUAAGGCCGCCCACGCCACUACAACCACCUCCAACGCCUUUAAGAGCACCAACCCCUCUAAGACCAAGUUCUGCCUUUAUGCCACCACCAACCCCGGCUUCUUUGACAUCAACAAUCAUGCCGAUGACACCACAACCGCUUCCACCAGCGAUUCCAACCCCUGAUUUAACUGGUUCAAGUCAAAUUAUUCAUCAACAUCAAGAAGAGUUGCAUCAUAUGGAUGAGAUGCCACAAUUGCAACCAGAUCAGGUACAGAGUUUAUUAGAUGGGCAUCAUCAUCAAGAGGGGGGUUAUAAUAGGGAUAUUUUGGGUGAUGAAACACCGUACCAUGAAGGAUUGGAUGAUUUAAAUGGAAUGACGCAGAUGGAUAAUAUGGGAUAUGGACAGGGUGAUAUUCAAAUGGCUAAUAUGGGUUAUGAUGAACAUAAUGCUGAUGGGUUACCUGGAGGGAUGUCUGAAAGGGUUCAAUCGCCAUGGCAAGGCGAUUAUGAUCUUCCCCAUUCUGCAGAUCCAGCUGAUGAACAACAAGUUGAUGAGUCGGAUGAACAAUUUGAAGAAAGAGUCCUUAAUAAAAGAGCUUAUCAAAUGUUUACUGUUGUUCGAAAGAAACUACAAAAUACCAAUCAAAUAACAACAACGGAAAUGUGCUACAGAAACAACAGGAAACAGGCAUCUCAAAAGUUCUACAGUCUUCUUGUCUUGAAGAAGUUUCAAGUUUUAGAUUUAGAGCAAAAUGAACCUUAUAGCGAAAUUUUUGUCAUAAAAGGACCAAAGUUCGAUUGUCCAUCGUUAUAAGUUUUUAUGGUAAUUAACAAUUUUCUCCUUUUUUUUUUUUCAAAUCUUUACCUUACGAAUCAUUCUUUUUUACUUUUUUUUUUUAUUUUUGAGCAUUAUGUGUACAUACGAACAUAUCUAUGUAAAGGUAAGUGUUAAUGAGUUUUGAAUAUGAUUGAUUUCUAUUAAAAAAAUAUAUUAAUAUAAACAUUUUUGAUGUAAAUAAGUAAAUAAUGUUAAAAAAAAAAGCAUUCAAGAUUAUGUUAAAUUUGACAAUUCUUUAGUUCAUAUUAACUAGUUAGUCAAUUUAAAUCAGUCAUUUUAAUUAAAAUUUGAAUCAAAAUUGAAAAAAAAAAAACAAGCAAUUUUGGUUCAAAAUUUCUUUAACUUUGGCGCAGUUUAUUAUAGUUAUCUUCGAGAAUUCUUAAAUGAAACAUUUUCUUGAAUAAUAAUUAAAAAAAUAAAAAACAUUUUGUUGUAGUUUAAGAUUUAACCAGAGUUGUAAAACCUUUAAAGUUUCAGAUUACUUAUACUUUUUUCAAUAUUUAGCUAUGUUACCUUCAUUUUUACCCACUUUAUAUUCAUCGCCUCAUAUUUUAAGUACUUUAAGUAUUAUUACUAUAUGAUAUAUUUUUUGAUUUUUGUAAUGAAACACCUAAUUUUUUUUUCAAAUUU